AUGGAAUCUGAUCAGACUCCAGAGGAGUUGUUUAUCCGCAGAUGCUACAGGAGGGAUGUUAGAUCACUCUCGAUCAGCUAUAUUGAGCAACCCGAAAAACUUACCGCACUGGAAAAGUUUAUAAAAACUGAGACAAUUUCGGAAUUGCACAUAAUUCAAGUAACCAGAAUUCCUUUAGAGUAUAUUCUUACCACUUUUAUAAACCAUCCCUGCAAUUUGACCACAUUUGAAAUCAAAACUGUAUCACUUUCCUGGGAUGAUAACACUAUUGCCCUCAUUGCCAAAUUUUUUGGACUACACCGUAAUACUAUUAGGCACUUAACUAUAAGAUGUUACCUAAAAAGCAAACACAUAGCCACGAUACUUCAGUGUGUACCGAUUGGCAUUGAAUCUUUAGAUCUAUCAGAGAAUAUAUUCGAUAAGGAAUCACACUACCUCGAACCCCUAAUUCAAGUGAUUGGCGACAGUGAGUUAAUUGAACUCAAGUUAUCUAAUACUAGUAUGAGCAAAGUUGGUAUCCGCAAUUUAUUCGUAAAACUUGGUGAAUUAAAUAAACCAAUAGCCUUACGCAAUAUACAAGGCAUUGAAAUAGCAAAUAGUAACAUUGUAAACGGCACUAAGGAGGUUGAUACCAUUAACCAACUCAAAUUUAUCAAGAAUUCAGAUUACUUAAACUAUUUAAGAGAUGUUUAUUUCCUGAAACUGAUGAUAGAUAAUCGCAUUCGGGUGUGGUGGCCUCCUACAACUACUGAAACCAAGACGUUGUAUUCUGGUCGUUAUUGGCCUGCAAAGGUGCUUCAAGUUAAUACAAUGGACAAAAUACUCGUUGUGAAAUAUGAUAACGAUGAAUUAGACUACGUACAACAUACGUGUAUACAACCAUUAUCGCCUUUUAAGUUUGGCGGUGGAUUGUCUGAUAAUAUUAUAGAAAAUACUUUUUUUAUUAAAAAAAUUGUUGAUUUACCCGUGGAUCAAACUAAUAAAAGGAAACCUGUAAUGGAUUUUGUAGAAUCGGAAUGGGGUAUAAAUGAUACAUUGGCUGGUAACUUAAUUACAUGUGGCGAAUUAUGCGAGUUUAGAGAUCCACGUGACAUAAAUUCCACAGACCCCAGCGAUUUUGUGGGUUAUACCAAAGAAUUAAAUCCGGAAGAACCACUAUAUUCGUGCAAGUGUAUCUAUCAAGACGACGAACAUGCUGAAGUAUCUUCAUGUAACAUUAGACGGGCAGUUGUAGUUAAAUGGAAUAAUUGGGUGUAUGAAUGCGCUAGAGCUCAUAGAUUAAUUGCAAGAAACCAAAAUAAUUUGAUAAGUAAACUAAAUGUUCUGGUUGAGAGUGUUUGGGUUUAUCCAAGAGUUAUAACAUCUGAAACUAAACUGGCAUCUUAUCCUUCAAAUAUGAGAGUAGAUUCAUUGCAAAAACAUAGAAAAGCAAUUAAAUUUGACCUAAGGAACCAUCCAGGUCUAAAAGGGUUUGAUGAUAUUAAAUCCAUCGACAAUUUGGACCGCUUUGAACUGAUUAAAAAAUGCAAAAGUUUCCACGAUGAACUGGUAACUGCUAAAGCUAAGUUGAACAUUUUUGAUUUUCUGGAAAAUGAAUGCCAGGAAUUGCGUGUUCAGGUGGAUAGGUAUGAGACAAAAAUACAAGAAUUAGAGUCUCAAUUGUUAUGUUUCAUAUGCACAAAAAGUAAGAUUAAUUGCAUAAUUCACCCAUGCGGCCACUUCCAAAUUUGUGAUAUAUGUGCUAGUACCAUGGGUAAAUGCCCAUCUUGCACCAACAGGAUAACAAGUAUACAAUUGAUCAAAUUUGCACUGUGUUAA